AUGAAAGACUUCAAGCCACUUGCUGUCCCUACCAGGACGGCCAUCCCAGAGAAGGCGCCGUCUAUGGACGCCUUCCUCGUCAAGGAGUCCUUUACGCUCCCAACCCUCCUCGCCUUUGGUGGUGUUUUCCAACUUUUCAUCUCCGUCGUCCUACCAGCGCGUUUCGCCCUCCUUCCCAUCGGCUUCUUGGCUGGACACGCCAUCAUCACCACCAUCCUGCAGGCACGCUCGCCCCAGGACAGCCCGCUCAUGGUCGACAUCAUCCCAGGCCGCUCGACAGCCCAGCUUCCCCUGCCGCUGGCCAACAACAACAACAAUACCACCACCACCACCACCACCACCACCUCGAUCCAACCCAACUUCGGCUCCACCGCUGCGUCCUCGCCCGUCGUGGCCUUCCACCUGGGCGUCCACUUCAACCACCCCAUGGGCCCCUUCUGCCCCGGCGGAAGCGAGAUCGGUGCGCACUUCCAAGCUAUGUUCACGGACCUGCAAGCCCGACGCGACGAGUUCGACAUGCUGUCUGCCACAAUCUGGCGCGGCACGACGCGGCCCUCGCACAACGGGAUCCUGAUGAUAGCGUACUUUCGCAGCGUGGACGGCCUCAACCGGUUUGCGCACGACAAGGUCCACCGGGAGGGGUGGGACUGGUACCACAAGUUCGUGCGCGAGACGGGACACCGGCACUUUGGCCUGUUCCACGAGACCUUUCUGAGCCGGCCGGGCGAGUGGGAGACCAUCUAUGCCGACUGUCAGCCUACGCUGCUGGGGGAGAGCAGUGUGCGGUUCGACCGCCGAGAAGAUGAAGAGCCUGCGAAGGAGGGAAUGGGAACGGAGACCGAUCCGGAGGCGGAGGUGUGGAUCAAGCCCCUUGUGAGCGCGGAUCAUCCAGCCCUGAAGACCCAGGCCAAGAGAAUGGGCAUGACACUGGGACUGAAGCGAGAAAACUGA